AUGUCCGUUCAGGCGGAUCCUCCGGAGCAGGAGGAGACUGAUCUGCUCUUCAUUGUGUUUGAAGGAUCCUCCCCGGAGGAUGUGUCCCACGCCAGGCAGCUGUGGAGCUCCCUGUCCCUGCUGCCGCCGCUGGAGUCGCGGCUGGUGUCGGCGGAUAUCCACCAGAGGCUGCCGGUGUCUCGGCCGCAGCGCAGCGGCAGCACCGCCGCCGCCGGUCCCGCUCCGGAGCCGCAAAGAGUCCCCGAUCCUCGGCAGAGGCAGGAGGAGAGGCAGCGGUACGCGGCCAUGGGCGACCAGAGGAAGGAGAUCCUGGCUCUGCUGAGGAGGCAGAGGGAGCGGAGGAUCCAGAAGGAGCUGCUCUCUGUGGCCUUCAAGCCCAAAGGGAAGGUCGGCAGAGAAAACAAAGGAAAAGAAAAGCCUGAGGAGGACUCUGAGGAGGACAGAGAGCUGGUCAGGCAGCUUCAGUAGGAGGAAACUGAGAGUGUAGAGAGGAGCAGGUGUGUUUGAGAUAUU